AUGGCUGAGAAGGUUACUGAGAUGGUGCUGAAGGUUGAUCUCCAAUGUCCUUGCUGCUACAAGAAAAUCAAAUCAAUUCUUUGCAAAUUUCCUGAAAUUAAAGGGCAGAAAUAUGAUUUCAAGCAAAAUACAGUGACAAUCAAUGUAGUAUGCUGCAACCCCAAAAAAAUUCGUGACAAAUUGUACUGCAAAGGUCGAAAGGUUAUCAAGUGUAUUGUAAUACCACCUCCACCACCACCUCCGCCUCCACCGCCUCCUCCACCGCCGCCUCCACCGCCUCCUCCUCCACCGCCGCCUCCUCCACCGCCGCCUCCACCAUGCUGCCCACCGCGUCCACCAUGCUGCCUGCCACCUCCACCAUGCUGCUGCCAUUGGUACCCAGCUCCGCCAUUGUGUUGCGACAGUUAUUAUGGUUAUGGGUAUGGGCAUGAAUGUAAAUAUGGCUGUGGUUGUGAGAGGAGUCGCCACCUGGGAAAGUGUGUUUAUUAUAUUGAAGAAAAUCCCACGGCAGAAUGCAAGAUCAUGUAA